AAAGAAAGUCUUGUUUUUAAUAAUUAAAUGAUAAACCUUACACAGAGAAAUAAAUAAAUAAAUAAAUAAAAUAUGAUAAAUAAAACAGCUUUGUAGUAGGUGUCCCUAUAAAUAGGGAAAAGUAAUAUAGAACCGCCAAGCAGUUGUUUACCCAAAAUCAAAGCAAUAAAUUAAGGGAAAGCAAGAAAAGCAAAGGUCAGAUCAGGUCUUUCCACAAAACAACUGAAAAUGGAGAGCUUCAACAGCACGAUAAUGGCUAUUCUCCUUCUUCUACUGAUCACGCUCGGUAUGGCCGACGCUCAGGUGCCUUCUUGCGCCAGCAAGCUGGUGCCCUGUGCCAACUACCUGAACUCCACCAAGCCAGGCGACGACUGUUGUACCUCGAUCAAGCAAGCCGUAGCUAACGAGCUCCCUUGCUUGUGUAACCUCUACAACACCCCUGGUGUGCUUCAGAGCUUUGGUGUUACAGUCGCUCAAGCUCUUCGUCUCACUCAAAGCUGUGGCGUUCCAGUCAAGCUCGACCAAUGCAAAUCUUCAGCUCCUUCUCCCCAGACCCAGCCUCCCCCAGGAGUUCCAGGAGGUGAUGGCAAUGGAGCAGAGAGAGCAGUAUGGACAGGAAUGUCUUCUCUGUUGCUAUUGUUUGUGUCAGUGUUACUUUAUUAGAGAAUGAGAAUUCAAAUCUAUACAUAGGAUUACUUAUAUUUGAUCAGACUUACGAUGAGAGAGUGAAUAAACCGGUGAUCAUUAUUGCAUUAUUACUAUUCAUAUCUUCAGUUUGGAGAUUUCUGUUAUUUAUUAGUUUGGUAUUUAUUGAUGUGAGUAGCAUUGUUGUUGUCCUUUGCUUUUUUAUUUUAUCUAUACAUAAAUUGAAUGGUUCUUCUGA